GCGCAUUAUGGAAUACGAUUUUUUUUUCUUUCCGAACUUCUCUCGGAGUGAUGCGUGUUUCAUAGUACACCUGUGCGGUGAAGGAGCGGCGUAAAUAGCUCACCCCUGACGCGCUAAAUUUCAGUGCUCCGCGCUCUACUCCUUCUAUCAGGCGGAGGUGGAUGAGGAACUGAAGCUGAAACACUGUUUACUUUCCCAAAGCCACACAGGGAAUCCUCAGCUGAGCUGGGAUUCAGAGGAGGAGAAAAGUUACUAGGCCGAUUACCUCAUCGCAGACAGCUCCUUAACCUCCCAACUCAUCCCCCUGCACUUGUUGGUAUACAGGAGCAUCUUAUCACUAAACUGGGAACAUCUGAUUGAUUGAGAAAGCAAUGGCAAGUACAGAACCGGCCCCUGAGAAGACACUGGCUCCAGAAGAAUGGCAAGAGAGCAAGAAGCCCAGCCAGGGGUCAGUCACUGGCGAAGGGAAGGGCCACAGUUUGUCUGUCAGGAGCGGAGAAAAGGAGAGCAGGUCCAAGGGGGAAGGAGAGGAGCUGAAAGAGAACCUGCCCCCACCCAGCCAACUAGGAUCAGCCAACAGGAACGUCCCUUGGGCCUGCCCGGACGGCACAUUUACCAAACUGGUUCUGGAGAGCGGCACAGGUUUAGAUAAGCCUAAAGAAGGUUCCUUCUGUCAGGUCUUCAUCAAGGCUGAGCCAGGAGGACCACUGACUUACCCGUCCCACAAAUGGGCUGAGGUGGAGCUGGGUGGGGGUGACGCAGAGUGGGAUGGGAUCAUUGACCGUUGCCUGGAGACAAUGUUGGCCGGGGAGCUGGCUGAGGUAAGAUUGACGGGUGGAGGCAGCAUGACCGUCCAAUUGGCCAGUUUCACGGCCGCCAAGGACUCCUGGGAGAUGAGCGCCAGCGAGAAGUGGAACUUGGUUAUUGGCAACAAAGAGCAUGGCAGCGAACUAUACCGGGCUGGAGAUACUGGUGCGGCUGCAAAGCGCUACGCCAGAGCCAUGCGGCUGCUGGUGGUGGCAGCCCCUCCCCCAGACUAUGACCAAAUUAAAGCUGAGCUCCAUGCCAACCUGGCUGCCUGCCAACUGAGGUUGCGCCAGCCAGCCAACGCCGCCAGCAACUGCACCAAGGCGCUCGCCCUGCAGCCAGCCAACACCAAGGCGCUCUUUCGACGGGGCUUAGCUUUCGAUGCCAUGAACGACCUGGAGGGGGCGGCCAAAGAUCUGAAGGGUGUUUUGCAGGUGGAGCCAGGGAACCGAGCAGCCCGGAGGGAGCUGGAAAGGGUGAAAGAGCGCAUAAUGGCACGGGAUGCAAAAUUGGCCCGCGCCAUGCAGAAAAUGUUUGCCUGAAUAAAAGAACGAAGCGAU